AUGCCUACUUUCGAUUCCAUUCCAUUCAUCCCCGGCUUCUCGAAAGAUCAGGUUCAGGGCCUAAUAGCUCAAAUUCAAGACAUAAUAAGAACUGAAAUGGGUCAACUACGUAAUGAGUUUCGCCAGCAACCAAGUCAAAUCCUUCCAAGUGUCGAACACCCUCAAUCACGGCCAAUCACUCAGCCAGUCACUCAGCCAGUCAUUCAGCCAGCCAUUCAGCCAGCCACUCAGCCAGCUACUCAGCCAGUCACUCAGCCAGCCGCUCAGUCAACCCCUCAGCCAAUCACUCAGUCAAAGCAAGAGGAGGAACCACUACAGGCAAUUACGGAGAACACUGCGGAGAAACCAAGCGGCAACAAGGCCACCAUCGUCAAGAACAUGGCUCAGCUCUCCACGAUCCCGCGUCAAAUCAUCACUCAGCAAGCGGAGAACACCACUACGAUUUGGCCUACUGUCUCCACAUGCCUGGGCAAUAUCACAUUGUGGUACAUCACUGCAAUGAGCACACAAGAGAAGGAUCUACUGCGACGAUCACAGCCAAUUGGGCCUCUGCAGGAGGAACAUCAAACCGUCUGA